GAGAGAAAGAGAGAGAGGAGGGUGAGAGAGUGAUCCGGUCGGUACAGUGGAUGGUCCACAUCCAACACACAGACUAACAUCUGAGCUCAUCUUCCUUAUUCAGGAAUAUCGACCCGUUUUGACCGAUCACGGAUUCAUCUCUUCCUUGGAAAGCGUGCGCUCGGCUCCUCUGCAGCAUCUUCUCCACCCGAACGCGGCCGAUCAGCGCUUUUUUUUUUAAAUUUUUUUAUUUUUUUUAUUUACCGGAUAAGAUGGUAACAACGCAGCUAACACCCUCCAACUUCAUUCAUCGGCUGUGACUGGAUCGGGCCGAGAAAGAAAACACCCGAGGGGCAUAAUACGCUGUGCGUCCGAAGAAGAACAACAUGAGCCAGGCUGCGGAUGUGGAGCGGUAAAACCCCGAGAAGAUUUUGUAGUUUUCUCUCCGCCGGGCUGCAAAUCACCUCCAGAUUGAGUCCUAAAUUAAAACGCAGAACGCAGGGAUGACGGUGAAGCUGGACUUCGAGGAGUGCUUGAAAGACUCUCCACGCUUCAGAGCUGACAUCGAAGUCGUCCAAAACGAUGUGAGCGAACUCGAGACGCGGCUGGAGAAGCUCGUCAAACAAUGCCAGGCCAUGCUGGAGGCAGGCAGGGUGUACUGCCAGACAAGCAAGAGCUUCGUCCACGGCCUCCGGGAGCUGGGCAACCACUGCUCUGGGGACAAGAUGAUGGAGGAUUGCCUGGACAAAUUUUCCAAAAAGCUGUCCAUCAUCUUGGAGGCGCAGGGGGAAGUGAUCGAGACCACACAGAAGUCAGUCAAGACGAAGCUGCAGAACUUUGUGAAAGAAGAUGUUCGCCGGUUCAAGGAUGUGCGAAAAGAGUUCGAGCGCAGCAGCGAAACCCUGGAGGGGGCGCUGGCGAGGAACGCUCAAGCCCCGAGACAGAAGCAACACGAAGUGGAGGAGGCGAGUAACGCUCUGCUCAAUGCACGCAAGGCCUUUCGGUCCGAGGCCUUGGAUUACGUUCUGGAGAUUAACGUGAUUGAGGCCAAGAAGAAAACAGACAUUCUGAUGGCAAUGUUGUCACUAAUGGAGGCCCAAGCACAGUUUUUCCAACAAGGCCAUCAGUCGCUGUCAGAACUGGAGGAAUACCGACAAAAACUGAAUCAAGAGCACACCCAGUUCCAGUUAGACUCAGCCAGGGAGAAGAGGGACAUGGAGCAAAGACACGCAGCAAUCAAGAAAAAGGACGUGUCCUAUGAUGACUCCAUUAUGGAUUUCAAUGCCGACGCAGCUAAUGGGAUUGCGAUGGAGGGCUACCUCUAUAAGAGGGCCAGCAACGCUUUCAAGACCUGGAGCAGGCGCUGGUUUUCGAUUCAGAAAAAUCAGCUGGUGUAUCAAAAGAAAUUCAAGGACCAGCCCACGGUUGUGGUGGAGGACUUGCGUCUCUGCACAGUGAAGCCCAGCGCUGAGAACGAGAGGCGAUUCUGCUUUGAAGUGGUUUCCCCAUCAAAGUGCUGCUUGUUGCAGGCGGACUCUGAGAGGCAGCAGAAAGCGUGGAUCACCGCCGUCCAAAACAGCAUCGCCUCCGCCUUUCAGGAGCGCAGAGAGGACACGCAAAGCCCACGACAGCGCUGCAGCUCGGUGUCGACGGGCAACUUCGGAGGAGGAGGUGUAGGCGGCGGGUGCGCGGACCAGGAGAACGAGGGCUGCAAGGCGCUGGAGGAGGUCCAGGCGAUCCCGGGGAACAGGCAGUGCUGCGACUGCGGAGAGCCGGGUCCCGACUGGGCCUCCAUCAACCUGGGCAUCACGCUGUGCAUCGUCUGCUCGGGAAUACACAGGAGCCUGGGAGUACAUUUCUCCAAAGUGCGCUCCCUCACGCUCGACUCCUGGGAGCCCGAGCUCAUUAAGCUGAUGUGCGAAUUAGGAAACACGGUAAUCAACAGGAUCUACGAGGCUCGGAUUGAUGAGAUCACCAUCAAGAAGCCUCACCCCUCCAGCCCCAGAGGAGACAAGGAGUCGUGGAUCCGGUCAAAGUACGUGGAGAAGAAGUUCAUCCAAAAGCUGCCUGAGACGGGCAGGAACCCUCCUUUGAGGCGAUCCAGCGCCAGGAGAAACCGGGCGACCACGCAGGACAGGACCGCGCAGCGGCCGCCUAUCAAGCCCAAACCCAACAGAGCCACUCUGCCCCGGCUCACAGGGCUCAGCUCCAGUGACCUCUUCCAAAAGAACAACACAGGCUUCCACAAAGAUGAGGAAGAGGAAGAGGAGGAGGACCUCAGCGGCCUCCACCCAGGGGCGCUGCUGUACCGCUCGGCGGCACUGCAGAACUUCCCCGUCAUGGCCGACGCGCUGGCCCACGGGGCCGACGUCAACUGGAUCAACUCGGCCGAGGAGUCGAGCACGCCGCUGAUACAGGCCGUCUCAGUGAACGCCCUGGCGGCCUGCGAGUUCCUGCUGCAGAACGGCGCCAACGUCAACCAGGCGGACAGCAACGGGCGGGGCCCGCUGCACCACGCCACCAUCCUGGGCCACACGGGGUUGGUUUGCCUCUUCUUAAAGCGAGGAGCCGACUACAACGCCAGAGACAAGAACCAAAAAGACCCCAUAACCAUCGCCGUGGACAACGCCAACGCGGAUAUCGUCACCCUGCUGCGAAUCGCCAAAAUGAACAAGGAGAUGCGGGAGAUGGACGGAGCGUUCGGACAGCCAGGUGAUGAAACCUACCAAGAUAUUUUCAGAGACUUUUCUCACAUGGCCUCAAACAACCCGGAGAAGCUGAAACGCCGCAGCGCAGACCCCAAAUCUUAACCAGCUGCCGUCUCCUCCGCUCCCCGCUGGAUCGCACCACGCCGCACCUCACAUCUCCACACAUAUAGAAACGACUCAUCUCACAGGCAUCCACACACACACAGACACACACACACACACACAGACACACACACACACACACGCGUACGGACCGUCUCUGGCUACCUGCCACCCGUUUAAGUCAGAGCUCAGCUGGUGUUGACUUCAGGGGCGACGAGCGCCGCCAGACAGUGAAUUCAUUGUGCGAGCACGUCAGAGCCGAACAAUCAGCGUCCAAGUGGAAACACUGCAACCGCUUUACGAGGCCAGCGUGAGGUGUCUUUAUGUCUAGCAGAGGGUAACGCCGUCGCUCUGCCAAGGAUUUCCUGAUUAAAACCAGUAAUUUCUUUCUUGUCUUUUUUUUUUUUAAACCAAAAGGGGCUGUUGCUAUGUUCUUCUGCCAUUCCUACUUGACUUUUUACGUGAAAAAUAGUUGUCGGAAAAAAAUGGACACAAGUGUUUUUUUUUUUUAAAGUUGUAAUUUUAUUUCAGCCGUCUUCCAUCACGUCGCGACGUUUGCAGAUUUUUACAUUUUUAGGCGGAUCUCCGUGUCUGUUUCUUCUAAACUCUGUGAGGUACUUUAAAUUUGUAUCAAGAUCAAAUAAAACACAAUACAAACUUC